AACAAACACGAAACGCAGGUCCGAAUCCAAAUCUAGCGGCACGCUUAACGUCGCGAUCCCGCGGACUCCACCCACGCCCGCGGCGGCAGCGCGGAUCCCGCCUAGGGCUCGCGUGUCGGUCGCUCCGGCGCUAACUAGUAACUACCCCCUCGCGGCGACGGGAGGUCGGUAGCGGCGAUCGCGCUAGCGGAGCCGCUUCUUCGCCCUCGACGCCGCCGGCCUCGAUCAGGCCCCGCCGACGGAAUGGCAUCCAAAGUCCGCUUUACAGUGGGUUCUCAAGUUUGGGUUGAGGAUGCUGAGGUGGCUUGGAUUGAUGGGUUGGUGGAGGAGGUACAAGGAGAUGAAUUAAUUAUAAACUGCACUUCUGGGAAGAAGGUUACUGCAAAUGUCUCAAGUGUGUAUCCUAAGGAUGCAGAAGCGAAGCGCUGUGGCGUUGAGGAUAUGACGAGGCUAGCUUAUCUUAAUGAACCAGGAGUUUUACAGAACUUAAAGUCUAGAUAUGGAAUGAAUGAAAUAUAUACUUAUACUGGCAACAUUUUAAUAGCUGUUAAUCCAUUUCAAAGACUUCCCCACCUUUAUAACAAUCACAUGAUGGGAAUCUAUAAAGGCGCAGAAUUUGGCGAGCUGAGCCCCCAUCCUUUCGCUAUUGCAGAUCAUGCAUAUAGGCUUAUGAUGAAUUGUGGAAAAAGUCAAGCCAUAUUAGUGAGUGGCGAAAGUGGAGCUGGUAAGACAGAAAGCACUAAAAGCCUUAUGCAGUAUCUUGCAUUUAUGGGUGGUAAAGCUCAAUCUGGGGGAAGGUCAGUGCAACAACAAGUACUGGAGUCAAAUCCUGUUCUUGAGGCAUUUGGAAAUGCAAAAACAGUCAGGAAUAAUAAUUCAAGUCGUUUUGGAAAAUUUGUUGAGAUUCAGUUUGACAAGAAUGGGAAGAUCUCAGGAGCUGCCAUAAGGACUUACCUCUUAGAAAGGUCUCGUGUCUGCCAAAUAUCUGAUCCAGAAAGGAACUAUCACUGCUUUUACAUGCUAUGUAAUGCACCAGCUGAGGACCGUGAGAGAUAUAAACUGGGAGAUGCCGCAUCAUUUCACUAUCUUAACCAGUCUAGUUGUAUUAAGCUUGAUGCGAUGGAUGAUGCUUCAGAAUAUAUCAUAACUAGGAGGGCAAUGGACAUUGUGGGCAUCAGUUCUGAUGAACAGGAUGCAAUAUUUAGAGUUGUUGCUGCUAUUCUUCAUUUGGGCAAUGUGGAAUUUUCAGAAGGGAGUGAAGCAGAUUCUUCUGUACCCAAAGAUGACAAGUCCCAGUUCCAUCUUAGGACAGCUGCGGAGCUUUUCAUGUGUGAUGAGAAGGCUCUUGAGGAAUCUUUGUGUAAGCGUGUUAUGGUAACACGUGGUGAAAGUAUUGUUAAAAAUUUAGAUGCACGAGCAGCAGCUCUCAGUAGAGAUGCACUAGCCAGAAUUGUUUACUCUCGUUUGUUUGAUUGGCUUGUAACUAAGAUAAAUACUUCAAUAGGACAAGAUCUAAGCUCGAAGCUUUUGAUUGGUGUACUGGAUAUAUAUGGUUUUGAGAGUUUCAAGACAAACAGUUUCGAGCAGUUUUGCAUCAACUUAACUAACGAGAAGCUGCAGCAACACUUUAAUCAGCAUGUGUUUAAGAUGGAACAAGAAGAAUAUACAAAGGAAGAAAUUGAUUGGAGUUAUAUCCAGUUUGUAGACAACCAAGAGAUUCUUGAUCUUAUUGAGAAGAAACCUGGGGGUAUAAUUGCUCUACUGGAUGAAACUUGCAUGCUGCGAAAUUCAACCCAUGAAAUAUUUGCUGAAAAGCUGUAUCAAAAAUUUAAGGGGAACUUGCACUUCAGUAGGCCAAAGUUCUCACGGUCUGAUUUCACUAUUCAUCACUACGCUGGAAAUGUUACGUACCAAACAGAUCUGUUCUUGGAUAAGAACAUUGAUUAUGCUGUGAAUGAGCAUCAAGUUUUGUUACAUGCUUCGAGAUGUUCGUUCGUUUCCAGUCUUUUUCCACAUGAAGUAUCAGCUAAAUCUACGAAAUUUACAUCAAUAGGUUCAAGCUUUAAGCAACAAUUACAAGCUUUGCUGGAAACUUUGAGCGCAACAGAGCCACAUUACAUCCGCUGCAUAAAGCCCAAUAAUGUUCUCAAGCCAGCGAUUUUCGAGAACAGUAAUGUUCUCCAGCAGCUUCGAUGUGGGGGAGUAUUAGAGGCAAUAAGAAUAAGCUGCCUUGGAUAUCCAACAAGGAGGAGAUUUGAUGAAUUUGUUGACCGUUUUGGUGUUUUACUACCUGAAGUUCUUGGUGAAAGUUAUGAUGAAGUUACUGCUACAAACAUGCUUCUUGACAAAGUCAAUCUCACAGGAUAUCAGAUAGGGAAAACUAAAGUGUUUCUGCGUGCUGGUCAAAUGGCUGAAUUAGAUGCUAUGAGAACUGAGGUCUUGGGAUGUUCUGCUAGUAAAAUCCAGAGAAAAGUACGGUCAUACUUAGCUCGAAAAAAAUUCAUUCAGUUGCGAAUAUCUGCUACUCAUCUCCAGGCUAUUUGCAGAGGGCAAAUUGCAAGGCAUUAUUACGAUGAUCUCCGCAGGGAGGCUGCUUCAUUGACCAUACAAACCUGCUACCGUAUGUACUUUGCAAGGAAGAACUACAUAAAUCUCUGUACUGCAUCAACUACUAUCCAAUCUGGUCUACGUGGUAUGGCUGCUCGCAAGAAACUCCAGUUCCGUCAACAUACAAAAGCUGCGGUGACCAUUCAGAGUUUCUGGCGUAGUUAUGUAGCACGCUCUCGAUUCAUGAGUUUGAAGAAGGCAGCCAUUGCUACUCAAUGUGCUUGGAGAGGAAGAGUGGCCAGAAAAGAGCUUCGAAAACUUAAAAUGGCUGCUAAAGAAACUGGUGCUCUCCAAGCUGCUAAGAAUAAAUUAGAGAAACAAGUUGAGGAGCUCACGUGGCGGCUGCAACUAGAGAAACGCAUGAGGACUGACAUGGAGGAAGCCAAGACACAAGAAAAUCGGAAGUUGCAACAACAACUGCAGGAACUGCAAUUACAGUCCAAGGAGACCAAAGAUCUGUUGAAAAGGGAACGGGAAAUUGCAAAAGAAGCGCUGGAGAAAGCUUCAUUAGUACCUGAGGUCCAAGUUGAUACAACUCUUAUUGAUAAACUCACUGCUGAGAAUGAGAAUCUUAAGGCUUUAAUGGGUUCUCUUGAGACCAAAAUUGAUGAAACAGAACAGAAGUUUGAAGAAAUGAAGAGAGCAAGGGAAGAGUGGCUGAAGAAAGCUACAGAUGCAGAGUCAAAGAUAAAUGAACUGACCAACACAGUGCUAAGUUUUCAAGAAAAGGUAACUAAUAUGGAAGCAGAAAAUCAACUACUUCGGCAGCAGGCACUGUUGCGUACUCCUGUUAGAACAAUACCUGAAAACACAUCUCCAAAAUCUAAUUUGACUAAUGGCAGUCCGCGCAUUGAUGAACAAAAGACACCUCAUGGAACUCCUGCUCCCAAAGAUUAUGGGAGCUUUGGACAGCCUAGAGCAUCCUUUUUUGAGAGGCAGCAUGAGAGUGUUGAUGCACUUAUAAACUGUGUUAGUGAAAAUAUUGGCUUUAGUGAAGGAAAGCCGGUUGCUGCAAUAACCAUAUAUAAGUGUCUUGUUCAUUGGAAGAUCUUUGAAACAGAGAAAACAAGUGUUUUUGAUCGGCUUAUUCAAAUUUUUGGUUCUGCGAUGCAGAAACACGAUAGCAAUGAGGAUCUUGCAUACUGGCUGUCAAAUUCAUCAACUUUAUUGAUCAUGCUUCAAAAGAGCCUAAAAGCUGCUGGCUCAACAGGAAUCAGUCCACAGAAAAGGCCACAGACUCAAUCAUCAUUUCUUGGGAGGAUGGUAUUCCGCUCUUCAAACAUCACGGUUGAUAUGGACCUUGUGCGCCAAAUCGAGGCGAAGUAUCCUGCUUUUCUUUUUAAGCAGCAACUUACAGCAUUUGUGGAAGGCUUAUAUGGUAUGAUACGAGACAAUGUGAAGAAAGAUCUGUCUUCAUUGUUGGCAUAUGCUAUUCAGGUCCCAAGAACUGUGAAAGCUAGUAUGGUGAGAGGCCGUUCUUUUGGGUCAUCAAGUUUGCCAAGGGGACGUUCAUUUUCGACUCAAGGUAGUUAUUGGCAAGCAAUAGUCGACAAUUUGAGUGAACUCCUGAAAAUUUUGCAAGACAACUGUGUCCCAUCUAUUUUUAUCCAGAAGAUAUUUACCCAGGUUUUCUCAUUUAUCAAUGCACAACUUUUCAAUAGCCUUCUUGUACGUCAUGAGUGCUGCUCUUUCAGUAAUGGAGAAUAUGUGAAACAAGGGUUGGCACAACUAGAGGUGUGGUGUGGAGAAGUGAAGCCAGAGUAUGCAGGAUCUGCGUUGGAUGAACUCAAGCAUAUCAGGCAAGCUGUCGGUUUCUUGGUCAUAUUCAAAAAGUUCAGGAUUUCAUAUGAUGAGAUUGUCAAUGAUCUCUGCCCAGUACUAAGUGUGCAGCAGCUUUACAAAAUAUGCACUCAGUACUGGGAUGAUAAAUAUAACACAGAGAGUGUGUCAGAAGAGGUCCUUGAGGAGAUGCGAACAUUGAUGACCAAGGAAUCAAGCGAUGAAACUCUGGGGAACACCUUUCUACUGGAUGAUGAAAUUAGCUUGCCCAUAUCACUUGAGGAGAUAGCAGAUUCUAUGGAUGCCAAAGAAUUUCAGAAUAUUGCCCCACCACAAGAGCUUACUGCAAUUCCUGCCUUUCAAUUCUUGAAGAGCUAAGCCCUGGAAGGCCUAGGCCUACGUUGCUGCACGGGCAUACGCAAAUACAUCUAGAUUCUUCCAUCAGAUGUUAUAGGGUUUCGAUUCUCCUUGUGCUGUGUAAUUAUGUUGUCCUUGUAGAUUGGUUUUGUUGUGUUAAGUUUCAGUUGGCUCGGUUGGCAUUAGAUAAGUUGUUAGUUGAGGUUGGGAUAGGUUUUUUUUUUGUUCUGCCUCCUGAUAUGCGUUUGUGCAGUACACUUAGACUAAAAUCUUCAUGUUUUUGUUAUAUAUGACGGUGGAAGCUAGGGAUCCGUUGGAAAUCAUUCUUUUAUCCAGAUUUGAUUGGGUUUGGUUAUGCAGAGAAAUGUCAAUAACUUGUAAUGGCUGGGGCAGCUAGAUCGUGAGUUGUUGCCUCCAUGGGGGCAGUUGUAGACUUGUAGUGGCGUGAGUUUGUGGCAGUCACUGCCCUGGGCUGUUUAUAUUUGCCCACUUUACAUUUUAUCUCUCUUAUGCAGCUCUAAUGCGUAUUCAAG